GAAAAAUACGACGAAAUUUUCAUUCACUCGCGGAAUAAUCAUUCACUGACUGUCGUCGGGCCGGCCUCGAUCAGUAAGUCAUCUCUACUCCCCGGCAUUUUCAGUGCCACACCCACAGAAAACUGCACGGGAACAGGAACAGGAUUCUACUUCGUCCCUCCACCUCCGAAUUUAUGGCAAAUACCGCUUACGGCGGAUUGGGAGUUCAAUCGGUUUUAACGGUAUGCCCCCGAGUAUACUUCCUGGCCCUGGCACGGGCAACGGGCAGGCUACCCGGAGUACAAGUAGUAUGCCGAAGACAGCAAGGGUGCGAAGAGGCCGAAGAUUCUCAGAAGAAAAAGAGAGAAUUGGAAAAGCAGUUCGUUGGAUGAUUUAUAUAAUUUGAAUUUGAUCACUUUCAAAGAAAGUCGCUUUCUUUGGCAGCCAUAAAGAACAAUGACGCGAGAACAAUGGAUCAACAACCCCCGGUGGUAGCAAAGAAAUGAAUCAACCCAACGGUUAACUGAGACAAUGCCUGAUGAGGCUAUCGAGGAUGUAGGUUUUACAUAGCACACCUAAUGUCUAUGUGCAGAGAGGUAUACGGUGUAACUAGCAUAUGUGGCGAGGAACAGCUGCGAAGCCUGAUGACUUCUUACUUUUAGUGGUUUCUU